AUGGGGUUUCCGGUGUGUUGCGCGGAAGUGUACUUCCCUAUCCCCUUCCUGCGCAUGCCUGACAUCCUUGGUUUCCUCCGCAACCUUGUUUUCUUCCUUGUACAUGUCCUUGCCCUCCUCCACUUCCCCCAUAUCGAGGAUCCCCUGUCCUCUACUGCCACCGCAACAGCCACCUCAGCUGCUGAAGUCGCCAGGCCCUCCGAAGUGUCGCCUCCUGUCAUCAGGAGGCUCCUGCCUGUCGCCCGGUUCGGAGAGUCCAGGGAAAACGCAUGCGAGUGCGCCGUCUGUCUGUGCGAGUUCUCUGAGGAGGUGGAGAUUCGGCGCAUGCGGAACUGCAACCACAUUUUCCAUCGCACCUGCGUGGACCCUUGGAUCGAUCAGAAUCAGAAAACGUGCCCUAUCUGUAGGACCCCCUUUGUGACCAAUUAG